UCAUCUGUUUCAGAAACCAGCCGGGGUAUACCUGUACAGCAGGCACAACACGGCCAGGUCCAAUUGACAGGAAUUUUGGAAAGACUUGUUCCAUUCCCUGGUUUAAAAACCGCUACUACGAAUAAAAGUGCAAAUCCCAGAAGAAAACGCAACGUGUUGUUUCCCACUGGAGUUAAAGUUUGUUCGCAUGAAACUGUUCAACAGGCAUUAACAAACCAUUUGAAAUAUUUCAAACUCAGAGUAUGCCAAGAAACAGUGUGGGAGGCAUUUAAGAUCUUCUGGGACCGAUUGCCUGAACGGGAUGAGUACCAGCGCUGGAUGAAGCUCUGUGAGGACGGGACUGUGAGCGUGUUUGAAAUCGGCACCAGCUUCAGUCAAUCUGAGGAGCACCUUCUUCUGGUCCAGAAUCAACUGUCGUUGAUGUCACAAAACAGCACACAUCCAACAGCCUCUAUGACUGAACUGGACAAUGCUACUCAAAGAGACGUAGCAGCAAACGUUUCAACCCCACAGAUGGUCUCCGUUGAAGCAAUCCCAUCCAGUGAAGACAAUGUAAAUGAGGAAACUGAAAGUAGUAUCACGAACAAGAUCGAAGAUGUCACAGAGAGGACAGUGAGGCCCCUUGCAGAGCAGGUGGUGGAGCUCAGUAUUCAGCUGACGGGAGAGAGUUACAGCAAGGAUCUGGAGAACCCUGACAGCGUCCGCUUCCAGGAUCUCACUAAGCACUUCAUCUAUGAGAUUCAAAAUGCUUUUCAAAGGUUGCCAGGGUUCAAGAGUGUGAAUGUGAUUGGAUUUAGGCAGCUACAGGACCCAGAGAGUGUUAAUGCAGUGGUGGUUCAUUACGGAGUGAUCUUUGAAGUGGGCACUGGGGGAAUCAGCAACGAGACCCUGGACUUUAUUAACCUGCACUCCAACAAGGUAGAGGAGCCCUACCCAGAGCCAGAAGAGAGCCUCACUGUGGUCUACACCGUCACUGACCUCCGCAAUUACAUCGCUGAGGCCCUCAGCAAGGAAGCCAUCAUUGGAAAUGCAACUUUAGCUGUGGAUCCAGACUCUCUUCAGCUUGCAAAUGAGGAUGGAUCUCUUAAGGAUUCAGAAACCACAGACCCAACAGAAGAACCACCAGGAAGCAUGGAGACUAUUCUGGCAGCCGAGAGACCUACCUAUGGCUCUUCCUUUGAACUGAACAAAAAAGACGUGUUUGUGAAUGGUUACACCACAGAUGACAUCCACUUUGACAGUGUGGACCUGAGUGACCUGUGGGUGGAGACUAAGACUCCUGUUGCUGAUGAGAAUGAUGUCAUAGUGCUGGAGGAGAGCUCCAGUUCUGCAUCCCCGUUACCCACAGACCCAACUAUCGCAGAGCCCACCUCAGGAGUAGACAGUUCUGUCAUUACAUCCCUGCCAGGCACAGAGGAUUCUGAAAAUAUAGAAGAAGAGGGCUUCCUUUUCAGUAAUACUGUAGUUACUCUGAAGACACCCACAUCCAGUCCAGUGAAUGUAACCCCAUACACUGUGCUCAACAUUGAAAAUCCAACCACUGUUGCUCCAUCUCCUGCAACUACCCAAGCUGAAGAACCAGCUGUGCGCACAUCCAUGACAGAAACCCUGGUAACAGUAGCUCCAGAGAGUGGAUUAAAUGAAGGAGCAGAAAUCACGGAGUCCUAUAUCCAUACUACCCUUCCAAACCAGAAACCAGAGGCUCCGAUAAAUACAACUGAUGAGAUUCCCUUACUUGACAGCACAUAUUCCACAAAUACAUCUGCCUCUGAUGCAGUGCCCACUGAAAGUGAGACAGACGUACCAGCCAUGGUGUCACCCUCACAAGAUCCUCCCACAUCUUUGCCAACAGAUGAAGCUUUAAUUGUUACAACAGAAAGACCCAUGAUGGUCUCUCCUUCACAAUAUCCCACCACACCUUUUUCUUCAGAUGAAGCUUUAGCAGUUGAAACAGAAAGUUCACUCAUGGUGUCUCUAUCUCAAGAUCCUAUCACACUUUUGUCACUUGAUGAAGCUUUACCAGUAACAACAGAAAAGACAGCCAUUGCAAGCAAUCAGUUAUUUGAAGAAGGGUCUGCUUCUGGGUUCUUCCACUCUGGACAAGCGGCAGGCGCUGAGGUUUGGCCUUGGGUUCCUGUGACACCUGAUCUUAUUUCCUUGUUAAGUACAAAUGAGGAACCCAAAGAGAAGUUAAUUCCUGAUUACAUCAUUGAUCCCCCAGAUUUUGUGGAUGAGAAUUUUAAUGAUGUCACGCCAUUAACUGAGGAUUCAUAUAUUGAUUAUGAACCCCCAAACAUUGUAUUUAUUAACAACAGAACAUGCAGUGAGAACUUAGGUAUGCAAAAAGAGCUUUUGGACAGAGUUAUUACCACUGAGGAUAUAAGGAAUAAGCCUCACUAUACUACCACUAAUAUAGCCCCUGUUUUUUUGACAAUGGAGACGUUAACAGUGGAGCUCUCCAUGCAGACCUCAGAGGCUUCUGGUAGUUAUGACUACUAUGUGAGUGAGCCAAUCACCAUGCUCACCCCAAUCACUGAUAAUGCUCUCCCUAAUGCACUGGAGGAACACACUACCAUAGCUUAUGUACUUGAAGGACCUUCUGCUAGGGGGCAACAAUUUGUCACAGUCGGAGAUGCAUUUAGCAAUGAAGAAUUAUUGGAAGUAGUGCCAACAACAGAGCUGACUACUACAGAGAAACUUCCAGCACAGUCAGUCGCCAUGGGUCCCAUGGUCACCGCACAUCCUACUCCAGGGGAACCACUCACAGAGCUAUUUAAUAGAGAGGAGGAAGAAGCAGAUUCACUCACUCUUACCCAGAGAGUUACAGAGACAUCUACAUUAGGCUUAUACAUGGGAAACACAAUUACAGAAACAUUCACAGUUGGGGAAGCCAUUGUAGGACUGAGCACAGAAGAGCAACCUCACAUAGAGCCAUUCAGUAGAGAUGAAGACCAGAUGGGCCUGAAAAUACCCAUCAAAGAACAAGUCACAGUCACAGAAUCACCAGUAACAGGCAAUCCCACCAUCGACUUCUCAAAAGAAGAUCAACUGGCAUUGGAUUUGUCUGACUCACAUACUCUUACUGUAGACUUGACAAGCAAAGAGACACCAGUCAUGGAGUUAUUUAGCACUGUACAACCAACCACAGAAUCCCCCAAUGAUGAAUCACCUUUCACUAAACACUCAGCCAUUCCCCAACCAAAUGUAGAAUCUGCUACCGUGCUAUCUGUGCUGACGGAACCUCCAGCUAUAUUCCAGUAUGUACCUACACAAACUACACUGUUCGUACCAGAUAAAAUGUCUACAGCAGACAAUGUGUUUACGGAAAUCGUAAAUGUGCCAAAGGACAUUACUGAGCAACCCAAUGUAGCUCUCACCCCUAGCCAUACUGUGACAGAAAUUUCCAUUAAUAUAGGUGACAGCAAUGAAGUGUAUGCUUUAACUACGUCUCCCUUGCUGCAUUCAACUACUGAACCCACAGAUGACUUGAUGGUAAUCUCAGAAUCAUCUACUAAGAAUCCCACCCAGCCACAGCUACCAGUAAUUCCUGGUGAAAAUGAGGACAUCAGUUUGGCAGUGCUGGGAAUACAGACAUAUGGACCAACAAUACAAGACAUUACCGGCCUCGAUCAUCCUGACCUGGUGUACCACCACACCGGGGUUAGCCAUAUAGAGGAAGAGAGCAGUGUGAAAACAGCAGUUAAUGUACAUGCUACAGACAUGGCGAGUGUGGCCAAGUCUACAAAUGGAAACAUUACUCUACCAGCACGGGCGCUGGUGGUUUUCUUCAGCCUUAGAGUGACAAACAUGAUGUUCUCUGAAGAUCUGUUUAAUAAAAGCUCCCCUGAGUACAAAGCUCUUGAGCAACGAUUCCUGGAACUGCUGGUUCCUUACCUGCAGUCCAACCUCACCAACUUCCAAAAUCUUGAGAUCCUAAACUUCAGGAAUGGCAGCAUAGUAGUGAACAGUCGAAUGAAGUUUGCUAAGUGGGUGCCCCGCAACGUUACAAAUGCGGUCUACGUAAUUCUGGAGGAUUUCUGCAAUACUGCUUAUCAAACCAUGAACCUUGCCAUUGACAAAUACUCCCUAGAUGUGGAGUCAGGCGAUCAGGCUGACCCGUGUAAGUUCCAGGCCUGCAAUGAGUACUCUCAGUGCUUAGUAAACCGCUGGUCGGGUGAGGCGGAGUGUGUCUGCAAUGCUGGCUAUUUUAGUGUUGAUGGGCUGCCUUGUCAGAGUAUCUGUGAGCUUCAACCAGACUUCUGUCUGAAUGAUGGAAAAUGUGACAUCGUCCCAGGCCAAGGAGCAAUCUGCAGGUGCCGUGUUGGUGAGAACUGGUGGUACCGCGGCGAGCACUGUGAGGAGUACGUCUCUGAGCCCCUGGUGGUAGGGAUUGCCAUUGCCUCGGUGGCUGGCUUCCUGCUGGUCGCUUCUGCUGUCAUCUUUUUCUUAUCUAGGACCCUGCGUGACCAGUACAGCAAGAAUGGCAUAGAGGAGCCUGUCGGGUUCGGAGACAGCCUGGCGUCCAUGGAGAAAGCAUUGAAGUACAACCCUAUGUAUGAGAGUGACGCCACCACGGGCUACAGUCACUACUACAGGCGCUACCCGCAUGUUCCUUCAUACAGCUCAGCCAGUGCUGGGGCCUCUGCAGACUUCAGCAGCGAGGAGGUCCGGCACAUCUAUGAGCAUAGCCAGCUCACCAAGGAGGAAAUUCAGGACAGAAUACGAAUAAUAGAACUGUACACCAAGGACCGGCAGUUUGCUGAGUUUGUACGGCAGCAUCAAAUUCAGGCCUUGGAUGUCAGAAGCCCUUCCAGUUAGUAGCAUGGCAACCAGCAGAACAAAACAAGGAAAAUGCCUUGGUAAAUGGAGGAAAGAAUGGGCAAUGCUGUGUGCCCAGAAAAAUGUAAUGUUUCCGCUGCCAUGGCCACCAGAUCAAGGACGCCAUUAGAGAAUAUCUAGCUCUGAAGUGUUUGUGUGUUUUGUCCAAUUUCGUCAAAAUCCAUUAAGAAAAAAUGGCUAAUGUUGCUGCCCUGGUAAAUAAUACAACAACAAAAAAAUGAUUGCAUUUAAUGUGUGUGUGGUUUUUUUUUUUGGAUGAAGUGAACAUGAUUUGCAUUGCUAUUUUUUAAAUGUGUAUUAUUGCUGUUCUUUAGCAUUGCAGCCAUUAACUUUCCUGUUAACAGUAUUUCAUGAUGGUUUUUACACAUGUUGUGUACUUUCCCCCCAUUGCAAAACUUCUCAAACAUCACUGCUUUAGAGCAUUACAGGUUAGAAACGGUGGGACAUGCAUGUAAAUGAUCCUUCACCGGUGCAGCCUGUUAGUGCCUUCAUCUGGUUCUACAGCAAGUGCUGGCAUACUUAGUGUUGGUCUGUCAGGAUCCUCCACAAGGGACAAUCUGACCACUACAGAAAUAGAUACCAGUGGGUUUGAAUCUUGAAAGAUUUUAGUAAUGAAGCUCACAACACUAUAUGCAUUUGUAUAUUUAAAAUAUAUGUAUCUGGGGGGAGGUUGGGGUCCCCCCAAGUGGCUCAUCCAGUUAAAGCUCUGCCUCUGGGAGCACAGGAUAAGUCAGACAGCUUGGACAGCACCAGUUCGUGUCCAGGCUGUGCAAAGCCAAGGGGGGCAACAUUGGCUCUGAUGCUUCCAGGUUGGUUAUGUGCUGGCUGCUCCGUUAUAAAACUUUAUAAAAGUUUACCAUAGUAAUCAUCACAGUGUAAUAAAGCAUAGGGAGGCACAGUAAAUCAUAAGGUGAACCAUGGUAAAAAUAUAGUAUAACCAUAAUAAAUACAUAGUAUAAGCAUGCAUAUUUUCUUGGUAUUGCGUUAUGUUUACAUAGAGAGAGAGUGUGAGUGUUUUUUUUUUUUUACAGUAUUCUAGAAUCAGCGAUUUGCUGAUUGCAGUGUUAUUUAUUAUGUUAUUUAAUAGUAUUAACAUAAGUAUUUAUUUUAAUUAAGAAAGAUAUUUUAUACAAAGAGAACUUACCUUGCAAGGAAACACAGCUGCAAAGCAAAUGUAGUGGAGUAUAAAUGUGAUUGCUUGUAGUGGACUGCCACAGAGCGCUUAUGUUUUAAUACAUUGCUUUAAUACAAGUACAUUCUGCUAGAUUCGGGGAAACAGCAAAACUAGUAUUGCAUAGUUUACUGUUUGUUUAUGUGAAGUGAAAAACAAGUGAAAAACAAGGUAUUCAAGUAGGAUUUCUGAACAGAAGCUAGGUUGGAUGUGUUGCGGUUGAGUUAUGGCAGGAUUGUAUGUUUCUGUACAUAUAUUGAUAACAUUAGUUCAGCUCUUAAUAGCCAAUAUAUUUUACAUUACAUUUUAUACAAGAAAACGAUUACAAUUAUUAACAAGGCAUAGGAUUUAAUUAAGUCUUUUCCAACUAUGUAACUGAGUCAGGUGAACUGAUAAUGUAUUUGACACCACUUAGGCCAUCAUAUUAUAUGUCUUUUUAAUAAAGGUUUAUUUAGUUAUAGAAGUUUUUACUAUAUACAAAAAUAACAAUAAGCAACUGGACAAAAAACCAAAAAACUUCUUGGACUGUGAAUACAAUGUCUUUCCAAGAAAGUGUAGGAGUUUUGUGUUACUUCUUGUAUUAACUCAUAAAAAUCCUAUUGAUCUGGUCUGGUAACAUUAAACUACACGUUUAUUGUACAUAAAAUGGUCAUUUUGUAUCUAAAGCAAUGCUUCCUUAUUUUUACAAUAUUAAACAUCUUUGAACU